GUUCUUUAGGAGGAGGGACUUGGGGUGGCCGCGAGAGCUGUCAGUCCUGGCGGAACUCGCCAUUCUUUCUCUUAGCGGGUGGGUUCCUGGCGGAUGCAGCGUCCCAGACCCGGGUGAGCAAUUGCGAGGUCCGAGAGCUGAGGCCCUCAGAGACGCCACAGCCAAGGCCUGCGCGCUUGCCCGUCAGCCAAUCGUGGGCCGCCUGCCUGCGGCGCCCUUUGACCCCGCGCCCCGGGCCUCCAGGAAUCCAGUCCCACUCCGCCCAGCAGCCCGGUUCCGCGCCGGUCCCCGCCGCUAGGAAGGUCUGAGGGUCAAACCUAGAACCCAAGAAAUUGUUCCUGCUACACCUAUGUUCUAAAUACUAAACUACAUGCUCAGUCCCAUAUGCUGGGUUGGUUGUAUUUCAUCUAUCAGUCAAUUAUUUGAUAGGCAGAGCCACAAUAGGUAUCCCUGUCUGACUUGGAAAUUCUAGGGUGUCCUGGAAACUCCUGGAGACUACCAACCUCUGUUUCACAGAUUCUGGGAUUAAGCAAAACAUUUACUAGUUUGGAGUUUAAAAUAUGUCAUCAUGGCAAAAUUUCGAAGAAGGACCUGCAUCAUUUUGUCACUUUUUAUUCUAUUUAUUUUUUCUCUGAUGAUGGGCUUAAAGAUGCUGUGGCCAAAUGCAGCAUCCUUUGGACCUCCUUUUGGACUUGACCUCCUUCCAGAACUUCAUCCACUAAAUGCCCACUUGGGAAAGAAAGCUGACUUCGAAAAGAGUGAUAGAAUCAGCAUGGAAACAAAUACCAAGGAUUUAAAAGACUCUGGCAUGCCUGCACUGCCAGCCAAAGCCUCCGAGGUGAACCCGGAGGAGCUGCCUCCUCUGAAUUAUUUUUUACAUGCAUUUUAUUACAGCUGGUAUGGAAAUCCACAAUUUGAUGGUAAAUAUAUACACUGGAAUCAUCCAUUCCUGGAACAUUGGGACCCUAGAAUAGCCAAGAACUAUCCACAAGGGCAACAUAAUCCUCCAGAUGACAUUGGCUCCAGUUUUUAUCCUGAGUUGGGAAGUUACAGCUCUCGAGACCCUUCUGUCAUAGAAACUCACAUGAAACAAAUGCGCUCAGCCUCAAUUGGAGUACUGGCCCUGUCUUGGUACCCACCGGAUUCAAGUGAUGAGAACGGAGAAGCUACUGAUCACUUGGUACCAACUAUUUUGGAUAAAGCUCAUAAAUAUAAUAUGAAGGUCACUUUUCAUAUAGAGCCAUAUAGCAAUCGAGAUGACCAAAGCAUGCAUCAAAAUGUCAAGUAUAUUAUAGACAAAUAUGGAAACCAUCCGGCCUUUUAUAGGUACAAGACCAGGACUGGGCAUUCUCUACCCAUGUUUUAUGUCUAUGAUUCUUAUAUCACAAAGCCUAAAACAUGGGCCAAUCUGUUAACACCCUCAGGAUCUCAGAGUGUUCGCAGUUCUCCUUAUGAUGGAUUGUUUAUUGCACUUCUAGUAGAAGAAAAACAUAAAUAUGAUAUUCUUCAAAGUGGUUUUGAUGGAAUGUACACAUAUUUUGCCACAAAUGGCUUUACAUAUGGCUCAUCUCAACAGAACUGGAAUAACCUGAAGUUGUUUUGUGAAAAGAACAACUUGCUAUUUAUCCCAAGUGUAGGCCCAGGAUACAUAGACACCAGCAUCCGCCCAUGGAACACUCAGAACACCCGGAACAGAGUCAACGGAAAGUAUUAUGAAGUUGGUCUGAGUGCUGCACUCCAAAUCCACCCCAGUUUAAUUUCCAUCACCUCUUUCAAUGAGUGGCAUGAAGGAACUCAAAUUGAAAAGGCUGUCCCGAAAAGAACUGCUAACACAGUGUACCUGGAUUACAGGCCUCAUAAGCCAAGUCUUUAUCUAGAACUAACUCGAAAGUGGUCUGAAAAAUACAGCAAGGAGAGAAUGACGUAUGCAUCGGAUCAACAGCUACCUGCUUCAUAAUGUAUCACAGUUUAUCAUGUCUCCUAGCUUAAGUCACUGUGCCGUGUUUUGAGUUAUGGGAGAAAACUGUCAAAAAUUAGUGUGUGCUUGCUACUGUAACCUUUAUCCGUUAUUUUAUUUUUACUUUUUGAAAAAUUAAUUUUCCUACAGUGGAUAAUACCUUACAGAGAAAACAUCUGACAAGAAAGGUUGUAUCAGUAACAUUCCUGAUGAUGUACUUUUCUGAUUUUCUAUCUACAAUUGAAAUUUUCAUGGGAUGGCAUUUUAGGUUUUUGUUUCAGAGUAGAAAAAAUAAUUGUAUUACCAUCACAAAAAGCAGCUAGCAUUCAGGUAAGUCAUACUUAUAUUCUGGGUCCAAAAACAUAGAAGUAGGUAUAUGUUAGGUACAUCUGGCAACAGAAGUUAAGUCCUAAAGAACAGUAAGCAAAUGUGCAUCAGUUCUAGAACCUCAGUGAAGUUUGUUAAUAUUCAGAUUCUGGCUGGCUUCCCCUAGUGAUUAAACCUACUUCCCAAGUUUCAUGUGAGCACAAUCUUGCUUAAGUAACAAGUUAUUUUAUUACAUUUUUCUCUUUCUGUUAGCCAUGGUCUCUUAAUGACUAGCUUUGUAGAGAGCAUCCAUCAGUGCCAUCACUUGAAGGCUUGGGCGCCUGUGGUGCUGAGUGCUUUUGCGUGUUUAAUGCUGCUGGCUUGUCCUGCUGAAUUAAAGAAUAGAAACAAUAGGUAGUUUGAUAAAUGUUAACGACUGCUUUUAUCUAUGAGGAAAGCCAUUGUUUCUCAGUGCUUAAAUGUUCACCAGUGACUACUGAACUGGCUGAAAAGGAUAAUGUUAAUACUCAAAAAGUGUUUUCCUCUUAAUAUUUUAAUUUAAUUUUACUCUAAUACAGAACAUUUACUUAUCACUUCAAAACUAGAGAUAAACAAAUAUUUUUAAAGUAACAUAAUAUUUUUCAGCUAUGCCUUCAUUUGAAUGUCUUAUACUUUUGACAGUGGCUGUUGCUUUAAAAGGAAACUGUUAGUGAUCCAUAGCUGUCAUUUAGUUACAAAUUGAUAAGUUCUAUUCUAAAAAUAAAUUUUUAUAAAAGUGAAGAUACGAGAAAUUGAAUUAAAUAUUUUGAACUAAAAUAGAAAAAACAGCUAGUCUACACAAUUUUACACAACUGUUAUUUCUUAGUUCUACAGAGAGAAUUAGUUGAGUAAAGCUAACAAAUAAUGCAUGCCAGUCUUCAUAGCAUAAAGACAUUCAGAAACAAGUUCUGGAAUUUAUCUUUAACUGCACAGCAGAGAGGAAACAGUUUUAGGAUACGGAUGACUGAUAUGUGAGGAAAGUUCUUGCUGUGCAAGCGUGAGGACCUGAAUCAGAACGCCUAGAACGCACAGAAACAUGAGCUCAAUAGCACACGUUCUAUUCCACAGUUCUGACAGUGGGCUGGAAGAAAUGUAGACAGGACAGAGCCCAGAGUUCGUGAGUCAGUAGCCUGCUGUACACAGCAGCAAAUAAGACAUCUGUCUCAAACAUGGUGGGAAGCAAGGGUUGGCAGGAAGGUUGCUCUGACAUUCAACCCACCUCAGAUCAUAUUCAGACUCCUCCUUACUCUGGAAUGUUCUCAGAUACUUACAUACAGAGUAUUUUUUUAAAACUUUUAAAAUAAUUUUUUUAGGAUAAAACUUUUUUCAGGAGAUAUACUAACCUUAUUAAAUUAAAAUUUCCUAUUUAUCAGAAAAUUAUUAGGCCAUAAAAAUUUAUGAGAAUAGUAGUCUGAUUUUUCCAAAUACAUUAUAAAAAUUUAAUAUAGUAAUAUUUUAAUAUUACUAUUUGCCAUGUGAAUAUGGAGGGAUAUAACCUAUAGAUUUUUUCUUUGCUUUACUACUACAUUAAAGCUGAAUUUUUACUACAUAGUUUUAUAGCAUAUGUUGUUUUCUUCAUCCCUAUGUUACAUUUUAUAUUUGAGUCUAGCAUGACAAAAACGGAAUGUUAUAAAACAAUUCUGAGAUAAAGAAAAAGUCUAUGCAAAUAAGGUCGAGCAACUGUCAGUAAAAUUUCAACUUUCACAGCGGCAGCUCACUGUAGCUCCUGAUGUUCCCAGUACAUCUCUACCCCAUUAGUUAGUAGUCAGUCAGAACUUUAACAAUAAAGAUAGCAUCUGUCUAAGUUUAAGAAUUUCUGUCUAACAAAUGACUGAAAUAUCUUUUUGGAAGAAUUACUAGUUGAUAAUUGUAUAAAUAACUAUAGUCACCUCUCUGGUUUCCACAACCAAUUAUCCAGCCAACUAAGGAUCAAAAUACUCGGGAACAAAUCUCCAUUUGUAUAUAUCAAGUAUGUUUAGUGUGUUUCCAUCCCAUAAGCCAUAUAGUAUAACCACCAUUUACAGUUUUCUAGGUAUUAUAAAUAAGCUGAGAGGGUUUAAAUUGUACCCAAAGAUCUUUGUGGAGUAUAUUCAAAUCCUGUUCCACUUUUUAAAGGGACCUAAGAAUAUUCAGCCAUAUUUACAAUAUUGGUAGUGAUUAUUAGAAGAAUGCCUUCAGAGCUUCCUUCUCCAGGUGUCCUUUGUGGCUAUCUCUGCUGCCUGACUGGAAAUACAGCUGGAAUUGUAAUGAUCACAUGUCAGUCUAUCAAAUGACCCCAUUCUUAUUUUUACAAAUCUGAAUGUUAGAAUUCAGUAAACUUAAAGAGGUACAAUAUAUAUAAUGCAUGAAUUACAAUCAGUUUUUUAAAUAAGGCUUUUGUUUUUAUAGAUUAACCCAUCUAAUUGUUUAGAAUGUAGAGAAGAACUAGAUCCUUAUUUCUUCUUUUGUAGACAUAAUUGUAAAAGACUGCUCUUAUUAAUGGUUGAGUUGUAUAUUAACUUGCUUAUUUAUCUGUGUAAAAUGGAAAAUGGUUUAUUUUGUUAUAUGAUGUUAAUUUUGUCUAAUAAAAGCAUAAAUGAAUAAUGUUCAUAAUUGGGGAUGUAUUCAUUGUUGUGAUCAGUUUUAUUUCGCUUUUUAGUAAUAUAGGAAAGGUAGGAGUCAGCAUAAGAUGGAGUACAACAAGGUAAACAUCUUUAAUGUUGCUUCAUAUCCACAUGAUUUUUGUUUAAAACUGGAGCUGUUUUUUGCUACAAUUUUUGCUUCAGUAUGAUUAUACAUUACUUCUGGUGAAAAUUAAUCUGAAGUAGCGAAGUAACAAGGCUCAAGAGAAUAACUGCACUCAGCCAUGGACUUUCUAAACUGGUGACAUUUACUCAGUUUAAGAAUGAUGUCAUCCCAGCUCCAUAACAGCUGCAGAAACAGUCAAAAUAUCGUAGCUAGAGUAAACCAACUUGCUUUCUUAAUUUCUUUUCAGAUAACUCAUUACUGCCUUAUAGAAAUUGUGAUGGUUUUGUAUAUAAAUAUCAUAUGUGGAAGUUUUAAUAAAUUCAUGCAUCCUGCAGUUCUGAGUAGAGUUGGGAGGAAAAAAGUCAUCUCUGUCCAUAAGAUCAUCUCAUGCCCCCUACUUGGAAGGUUGACUUCCCAUUUUUACAUAUUUUUGUUUUUUCUGAAUUGUGGUUCUAGAUAGGAUUACCCUCAUAGAUUUAAUAAAUAUAGAGAUGUUAGAGAAUUUUAAUUAACAAUCGAGUGCUUGAAUAUCAUUAUUCAGAAAAAGAAACAUUUUACUUCAAUAUAGCAAAAAUGUAUUUAUAUAAAUCUUUACCAGUUCAGUACUAAAAAU